GCCACUCCUCCGCAACAGAUGUUAAGGUCCAUGACGAUUAGAGAUUUCUUCGACCCUCCGCUGUUCCUUUCCACCGCAGCACCGCUCCUUUCUCCUCCGGCGGCGUUAUCUUCGCUCUGCCAUGGCGACCGGGAACUGCGAUUCGGCUUCGGGUCCGCAGCGUUACGUUUCCGAAAGACGACCGGGGAUCCGUUCAACGGGUGUAGUAAACUCCAUCAGCAAACUCGGGGAGGAUCUCCUCGAAGAAAUUCUGAUUCGCCUCCCGACUCCUAGAUCCGCCUGCCGUUGCAAAGCCGUCGGCAAGCCGUGGUGCUCCCUGAUCUCCAGUCCUCGAUUCAAUCGCCGAUUCGUUUCUCGUCGCCGGAGCAUCAACGAACUGCAACCGCCUCUGGUACUUUCCUCCGAAGACCAGCAAUCGAUCAUCCCGGGGUUUGUCCCCAUGCCGAGUGUGGACCACGACCUGCGUUUCGCAGUUUUGGACUCCUUCCAGGACUUGCUUCUUUGUGGGUUCCAGAUGCCACAGGACCUCGAUGACGAAUUCCGCAGGUCCUACUUCGUCUGCAAUCCGUUUACGAAGCAAUGGAUUGCCCUUCCCCUGGCGCCCGCCGGGCCGGCGAGGUAUCCGCGAUUGGUCGCGAGAUAUAAGACCGAGUCUGGUUGUGCUACCAGGCUGGACGUGUUUUGUUCCGAGUCGGGAGAAUGGAACAAGGACCACCCGCUUGUUCUCGACGAGCAUUUCUUGUGGAACGACAAGAAUAAGAACGCCGACCAAUAGACAGAUCGGAUCGAGGGAGGAAGAACGCCGACCAACUGACAACUGAUUAGCAUCAAAUGGCUCGAUCGUGUCCUGAGCAGGGUGAUGGUGUUACAAUGUAAAUUAUAUGUAUGAAUUGAAGGGAAAAAAGGGAGAAGCUCCACUGGUGUGGUAGGUGUUCAAGCAACUCCAGGCUAUUUAAAGUCAGCCGAAUUCUCAGUUAUCGUCGUCUGUAGAGAGGCGGCUAAUGGAUUGGGUUCAUGGUUUGGUUUUCAGUUCAUAUGGGAUGUUUUUGGGUUCAUGUCUGUACAAUUAUAAAAUGAAGGUUGUAAUUACAUGUCAAGUGCUUUGAAAGUAGUUCAAGUAACUUCUUCCACUUUUAAAUUCUUAUUUUUA